GCUGAAUAAUUUUUGAAAAGAAUUUUCGCGUAAAAUGCUGUUCAUUUACAAUCAAGAAAAUUCAAUUCUUGUAGAGAAAUGUAGAGGAUUGGUUAUUCAAUUAUUUUUUAGACAAUGUUUGGUGCUGGGAUGUGAAUCUUUUCAUUUUUUCAACUAUUGUGUGAAGAAGAAGAAAAAUGUUGAUUAAGAAUCAAGUAAUCUAUUCUUAAUAAAAAUGUAUCCAGAUUGGAAUGGAUUGAAAAGGAAGACGAGACUGACAUGGCUGUCCAUCAGACCAAAUUGGUUGUCGCCAGUUGUGACAGUUAAUGUAAAUGGAAACAGUCAUUCAGGGAGAACAAGAUAGAAUUGGAAAACGAAGAAUCAGCCUGGAUCACUAUUGCCCAGACCGAGGAAUGGAACUAGUUCCAGCCCUGGAUGUGGAAGGAGAUUGUAAAGAACCACACAUGCCACAAGAACUGAUUGUCACCUCCCAAUUGUACUUUCCUCCCAUCAAGCUUUUUCAUGCUGGUCCUGGCUUGCUAACUCUUCUUGCCAAAGCUAACUAUGAAUUACUGAAUGUGUAGUUCACACGAUAUAACAUGGCUUUUGUGUGCAAAUAGCUUGAGGAGAAGCAAGUUCAACCAACCUC